UUUCAGGAACUAUACUAGUUUUAUUAUUCCGAUGGCUGUACCACCAAGAUUUCCUGGUAUGAUUCCAACUUACGGUGUUCAAAUUCCUCAAAUAACACCAAUGAUGCCUUUUCCGAAUCCUUAUUUUAUGCCCAAUCCUAUCAUGGCUGCGGCUGCUGCGCAACGGAUGGCUGCACCACCCGCACCACAGCCUAAGCCUCCUGAGAAACCACCCGUCACGACAGUUUUCGUUGGUAAUAUAAAUGAGAAAUGCGGUAACGAGCUGAUACGAGCUAUUUUGACGGAAUGUGGUGCAGUUGCAACAUGGAAGCGCAUUCAAGGUUCAAAUGGCAAAUUUCAAGCAUUUGGUUUUUGUGAAUUUGAAAGUCCAUUUGGUACAAUGAGAGCUUUACGAAUUUUGCAUGAGUAUCCAUUGGCCGAGAAGAAAUUAGUAGUUAAAAUUGAUGACAAAACACGAACAAUGGUCAAAGAUUAUGUCGCGAGAAAACGUGCAGAGAAAAGUUUACCACCUGAAACGUUAGCAUCCGAUGAAAUGCCAGCAGAUGAAGACAAUGUUGCUGACGAUGAAGAAAUACGGCAAAAAAUCCAAAUACUGAUUGAAAAGGAUGCACCAGAUUUGGUGCCCAUAGAAGAUGGUGAACUGGCAGAAAAGACUCGGUCUCCAGCUUUGGAAAAAGGAAAGGAUCGGGCACUAGAUCGAAGUGUUGAAAAACGAAAGGAAAGAAAGGCUAAACGCAUAUUGUUGGAUAACGAAAGUACGCAUUUUGGCAACGAAUUUGUACAAUACGCAGCAAAAAAUUGUCGCGCUGGUAAGUGUAAAUGUUGCUGUUUUAAGUAACUGUAUCUUGCCCGCUAGGAAACCAUUUUCAUUAAGUUUAAUUAUUUUUACGUUACACUAAUAUGUUUCACUUGCUUAGAGAGGUGGAUAAAUUGAUAGCUUUUCUAAUUUAAUUAUACUAUUCAAUUAACAUGGUUUGAUUCUGUCAGGUAUAUAGGGAUGUAUUUGGAAACGGUCAGUUUCGAAUUGAUCCGUUCAAGCUUAACAGAAAGGUGUCAGAACCUUGAAAGUUUGUGUCACCAAUCUAAGAUCUGUUUGUUGUACAAAUGAGAUGAAAAUUGCUAUCUGCAGUGUUUUAUUUGGUUCAGCUGGCGUUUUUGGCAUGAGAAAUACGCCUUAUCCAUCAAUUUUUAGCCACUUUAUCGAUGGUGUGACUAUUUUCAUAAAUUAAAAGAAAUAUAUUGAUUUUGUCUUACAUCGGCAUGACAGAGAAUGAUCUAAUAUCACUUCCUUGUUUGGUCAGUAAAUAUCUUUUAGAGCGAUGCUGGUGUUUUACUGUUACAGUGAUUAGCCACUCUCGAGUGCAUUACCGUCCACGUCCCUAAUAAAUUAUUAAGUUUGGUUUCAUUUUUCCUCUUUUAUCGUAUCUUUGUAAUGAUGGAUUGAACGAAAUUUCGCGUUUCACUUUAACAUUCUGUUAAUGCCGCCACAGUUCACCAUCGGCAAAAAACCUAACGAGGGUUUUCAUUUUUAAUCAUCUGAAGGUGAUCUAUUUUUGUUCUAAAACUCUGUGAC